CACCAUGACAACAAUUGAUCAAAUUUUCAAAGUGGAACUUUCGUACAUUUGAAACGUACUUUCGAAAUACACAGAUAGUUUCAUUAAUAAGCUAUCUCAUGUCUUCUCACGUAAUCAGAGAAGGUCAUGUUUGUUCCUAUGAUCGAGCAAUAACAACAAAUGACACAGUAAGUUAUCAACGUUGUGAAUUAAACAGCUCAUCAACAAAUGAAAUACUAAACCAAGAGACUAUGAAUCGUGAAAAACAGGAAGUGGUAGGUUCUCCAGACGUUAAAUUUUUGGCACGUUCACUAGUAAAUAACGUUACUCAAGAUGCAUUCAAAGCGGAACUUAGAAAAGACAAUGAAAUACGUCACUUAAGCAAUGAUCAGAAUAACAUUGAAUUAAACUUAGCAGAAGAUGAAACAUAUGACUCUGAUGACUCUAAUGCAUAUGUGAGAAGACGUGUGGCAGAACUUAACUUGGAAUUAUCGAAGGAAAAAGAAUAUUUUGCUGAUAACUAUGAAAAAAAGACAGGACGUGUCAAUUUUCAUCCACAACUUUUUUAUUCACGGAUAAUAAGCCAGAAUAGUUGUGAAGAUUUAAAUGAUUUCAGCGAAGACGAAAUAAACGAGAUGAAGAAUUUAAGUCAUAAUGAAGAUGAUACAAUGAAUAAGUCAAUUAUGAAGGCAAAUCCAAGAUAUUCCCAACAGCGGACGUCUGUUAUACCAGGACCUGUUAAUAUCAGUGAGAAUAACUUAGGUGGAUAUGAGUCUCUCAUCUCAAAAAAAAGUAAUGUAGAGGAGGCCGACAAAAAUUUGAUUGACAAUACAUAUGUUACACAUACAGAUGAAGUAACAAGGACGAAGAAGUACCGAAAAACUCCAAUCAACGAGCGAGAUAACAAUAUUACUAAAAUAAUAACUAAGCAUAACAAUAAUGAUAAGCCAUUAACCGAGAAAGCGAAGGAAAAUUCUAUCCAAGUAAGUGAUAAAUUACAAGGUUAUUUUCAUUUAUCUGAAAACAUUAGUAAAUUAGUAGUCUCAUUCUGCUCACAACAGUUUUUUUUCGACCAAGUAUCAAGGUCAAAUGUGAUUAGCACUUUGACGUAUUUACUCUGGAGAUGAGUGGAGAAUUCGCAAAAACCUUGUAAUCUUUAAUCCUUGGUUUUUCGAUUACUAACUAAUAAAGUUGAAAAAGGUUAGGUGAUUUAUAGUUUCAAACAUUUCUAAGUGGAAAACAAUGCUAAAGAAAGCUUCGAUUGAUCUAACAGUGAUUAGCCGUCCGCCAUAAGUCAGUUUACCGUUGAUAAAUUUAAUGUUUCAUUUCAUUUUUUCGAAAAUGGUAUAUUUAAACAAAGAAACUGUUUUCAAAAUACACUACUGAUUUUCUGAAUUCAUAAAGGUGCGGCAUCGACUUAAAUAUCAGGAAUACAUGGAAGUUAAGGUGGAGGAGAGGGAAAAACACAAAAAGAACAUAUUCUUAAAAAAGGUUAAAUUCUGAUAACAAUAAAUGUAGUACAAUAUAUAUUUGAAAAAAUAAAUAGGGAAACCCUUAAAAUGAAUAUAUUCUUACAAAAAACUCGUCUGAAUUUCCAUGAAAAUUAGAUUGCAGAUAAAAAAUCACGUGAUCAUAAAUUAUCAAACUGGUUAAGAGCUAAAGUUUUACAAAGAAAAAGUGAAGAGGAAAUGAGACGAUAUGAAAAUGAAGAACAACAACAUCUGAAUGUUGUGCAUUCCAGAGAGGCAUGUGAGCAGGCAUUUAAACAGUAAGUUGGCACGAUUGUUAGACUAUUUAAUUUGUGGUGAAUGAAUGUAAUCUAUAAUCAUUUGGAUUUGUGAAGUGUUGUGUUCUAUGGCCUGCUAAUUAUGUCACGUGUUUAGAUUGCCCAGUUAAAACAGGGACUCCCAUGACCUUGAUACUAUACCAGAUCAAUGAUGGAUUAAGCAGUACGAACAGCGUAUUGUCAACUCUGAGUCCAGAACACAGCUUCUACUAUAUGUAUCGCGUAUUUCAGACAUAUGUAGUUUAAAUACAAGCAAAUUAGACCGCAUCAUACUAUGAAGUAGAAAACAGCAAUUAUACAAGAUCUGACCAAAUGUGUAUGUGUGAGAUACUGUAACUAAUAAAUUG